AUGUUUUUUUUUUCCAUUCAGAUUCGCAAACGCAGACCUACUCCAGCCACAUUGGUCAUCUACAAUGAGCCCAGUGCAUCAGGAGAUGACAAGCAGACUACAAGCAAUCAAACAGAGGCCCAGAGUGACCAGCUCUCUCCAGCCCAGAGGAAACAGGGCGUCUACACGCCACCGACCAUGAGAGAGCUGCAGUUGGUGGUGGAGCAGCACUUUCAGAAGCAGGAGCAGCAGGAGGCGGGGCUCUCUGACAGCCCAGACACGCCCAGUCCAAUCACAGCACAGCAUUUUUCCAACGAAGCUCAGUGGGCCAAUCACAACAGCUCAGAGCCCAAUGGCAAUGCUUCUUGUGUCAGUACUGAGGGGCAGCCAGGCAGCAGUGGGGCCGGGGGAGACACAGCAGACACCUCAGGAAGGGAGCAGAAAAACAUGAGCAGUCCUUCAUCUGUCUCUCGAUAGCCGUAAUAACGUACCUGGCUCACCGCAGACACUUCCUAAACAUUUAUUGUCCCCUCCACUCUUUGGACUCUGAAUAAGAAGACAUGCUUUCUCUAAAUACACGCAUUGUACUUUCUCACCUCUUUCUGAGUUCCAGUGAUGACUUCCUUUGAUCAGUUUUACUUGUGUGAAGUGAAAUGCUUGUGCUUCACUUUGAACCCUGUACUAAAAUGAUCCGUCCUGUUUGUUUUUCUAUUUGAUAAAAUGGCAUUUGAAAUAUUUCCAAUAUGUAUAUCUGUGAAAUGCGGGCAGCUUAUUUUUGGCACUUUCAGAUCAGUUGUAAUAAUUUAUUUAUGUGUUUGGAUUUACUUGUAAAGUAGAGAUGAUGAAAUAAACUUUUUUGGAGCUUGAAAUAAAAA